ACAGCUCUUCGCUUUCAGACUCUUUGGCUAGUAGUCGGCAAACAUGGCGACCAUGUAGAGCGAAUUGUUUGCAGUUCCAGCCAAAAUGAGGUCAGUUUCUUUAGUUCGGGUCCGUAGUUGGUGCUUGGAGCUGCGGCGAACCUAUUUGUUUUGGCCAGUCCUGCUUUUCCUCUUGUUCGGUGCAGCCUUGACAGCUCUGCUGCCCCCUACGGAGGACCAAGGCGGUGUCCUGGGAGCUCUACGCCGGGCUACAUCACAAAAGGAGAAGCCUGCACAGAGCCACCAUGAUGACAGCACAGAGAGGGAGCACAGGUUCACCAUCAUUAUCCAGACUUACAACCGCACAGACCUUCUGCUCAAACUACUGAAUCAUUAUCAGGCAGCGCCUCAUCUCAAACGGAUUAUCAUAGUCUGGAACAAUGUUGGGGAGCAGACACCUCUGAAGUUAUGGAACUCCUUGGGGCCUCAUCCAGUUCCUGUGGUCUUCAAGGAGCAGACCAGCAAUCGGAUGCGCAACAGACUACAACUACUCCCUGAGAUAGACACUGAUGCUGUACUGAUGUUGGAUGAUGACACCCUGGUCAGCGUUCCUGACAUCAGUUUUGCUUUCUCUGUUUGGAAGCAAUUUCCAGACCAGAUUGUUGGGUUUGUGCCCCGGAAACACGUCUCCACACCAGGAGGAGUGUACAGUUAUGGCAGCUUUGAACUGCAAGAUCCAGAAACAGCCGGCGGUGACAAAUACUCCAUGGUAUUGAUUGGUGCUGCCUUUUUCCACCGCCGCUACCUGCAGCUCUUCCAGGACCAACCUCAGGCAGUACAUGCGCUGGUGGAUGAAACACAGAAUUGUGAUGACAUUGCUAUGAACUUUGCUGUAGCGCUGUAUUUGAAGAAACACUUUAAGUCGAUAGGCAGCAUUAACAAACCCUCUGGCGUCUUCAUCAAACCUGUGGACCUCCGCAACCUAGAAAACGAUGCCAGCAGUGGGUACCACGGCAUGUGGCAUCGUCCUGAACACCUUCUUCAGAGGUCCUACUGUCUGAACAAGCUGGUGCAGAUUUAUGGCAUCAUGCCACUCUCCUUCUCAAAUCUAAUGGUCUCCCAGUUUGGCUUCCCCAGCUAUGCUAACCACAAGAGUAGAGGCUGAGGAAAUGGCACAGUGCUCACUAUGGACUGAAUGAAGACUGAGUUUGGUUAAGAACACGUUGCCUGUUGUGUGAUCUGUAGCUGUAAACCAUGGGUUACCAAAUUUACAUUUUCAAGCUGUGAUUAAGAAUAUUCAGCUGGUGUGGUUGUUUUUCAAACCUUUGGCAUUUUUUUUUUUUUUUUUGCAUUUCAUGAUAAUGAGCAGUUUCACACUGGAAUCAGCACAGUAGUGAUGGACUUUCCUCCUCUGGACAAGAGCAAGGAUUGUUAAAGAAUUUUCUACUCAUGGACCAAUCAGAUGAAACCUCUGUAUCUAAUAAGUUAAUCUGUAUUGUUGCCAAAGCUGCCUUCCCUUCAGCCUAUACAACUCUCUCAGUGGAUUGUAGCAUAGUUACUCUAUAGCCAGCAGUUUAUUGUUCUUGGAUCCGAUCUGCCUUGUUUGCAACUGUGAUGUAUAGAACUAAUGCUUUUGCUUUUACAUGUACAUUUUUCUGUUGUGCUUUUAUACAGUCCCUACAACUUUAAAAGAAGGGUUAGAAGAUAGUGGUUUGCUUUAGCAACUUUUGGCCCCCAAAACUCCCCAGCAAAGUGCGAGUCUGUGAAUGAAUUAGAAUUACUGAAAGUAUUUUGUACAUUUAAAUCAAAUCUAUGCAUGUGUAGACAAUCAUUUUUUUAAAUGUCAAACUUAUAGGAAUAGACUAUCAUAUUAUCCCUUUAAAUAAAGCCAUGCACACUUUUCUCUGAACAGUAUUUGUAAAUGAAUUCACAAUUAUAUAAAUGAAUAAGAGAUUCUUUAAGACUGAAAGCAAGUGGUAUGCCAAAUCCAGGAGUCGGUGGUGUCCCUCUGACCAACAGUGAUGCAUUUUAAUUUUGUCAAUUAGUAUGGUUCCUUCACAGCUUUUAGUUUUAGUCUGUUGUCCUUUUCUUUGAGGUUACUCUGAAUGGCCCAAAUGACUGAUAGAGAGAAUAAAUACUUUGCAAAAUU